CUCCCCUUCCUCCUCCUUCUCUCCGCCCUCUUCUCCCGACAUGGCGGCCCCUACGGAGCCCAGCGGGCUCACGGACGAGGCAGCCUACGCUGCCUGCUCGGAGCCGGAUGCCAGCACCAAGGAUUUUAUAUUUCAGCAGACAAUGUUAAGAGUAAAGGAUCCUACAAAAUCAUUGGAUUUUUAUACAAGGAUACUUGGAAUGACCCUGCUUCAAAAAUUUGACUUUCCUACUAUGAAGUUCUCACUCUAUUUCCUGGGGUAUGAAGAUAAAAACGAUAUCCCGAAAGAUAAAGCUGAGAGAACACCCUGGACCUUCUCUAGAAAAGCUACACUUGAACUGACACACAACUGGGGCACUGAAAAUGAUGACAGUCAGUCCUACCACAAUGGCAAUUCAGAUCCCCGAGGAUUUGGACACAUUGGAAUUGCUGUUCCUGAUGUCUAUAAAGCUUGUAAGAGGUUUGAAGAACUAGGAGUGAAAUUUGUGAAGAAACCAGAUGAUGGUAAAAUGAAAGGACUUGCAUUUGUUCAGGAUCCUGAUGGCUACUGGAUUGAAAUUUUGAAUCCUAACCACAUGGUGACUCUCACUUAGUGCUAGUGGAGUAUAUUGUAUAAAAGAGACCCAUUUUCAGAUUCCUGGAGAAAAUCUGUAACAGUGUUUGUAAAAUUUGCUUAAUAGAGAGGAAUCAGUCAUGUUCAGAGUCUCCUCCAAAACUGUCCCCUGGGACCUCACUUAGAUUCCUUUUCUCUUGUCCUGUGAUGCCACUGCAAAUUGUUUCCAGUUAGGAAUAUGCAAUCAUUUUCUGAAGAGCACUUAAACAGAUUCUCCUCUUGAACAUAGAUUAUGUUAAUAUCUCAGUAAACACUGUUAAAAGAUACAUGACUAGAAGCUCACUGCAUUUCACACUGAUUAGAUUUAAACUAGCAACAACAACAACUCCUGUGUUACUACAGAUGAGCAUCAAUGAAGAGGCAAAAAGAAAUGUCAGUAUAUUUUUUUUAAGAAAUCAAAGGGUCCUGAAGGCUUCAUGUCCUAUCUCUUAUACUAGAAAAUAAAAUGUCAGGCUAAUUUUGACUGGAGUAGUAGCAUGCUUAUAAAAGUCAUAAUCUUACUUGCACUAUUCCAAGCAAAACUCUUUUAAGGAGCAGCCUUAAGCAGUCUUGCAAAAAGAAAUUUUACAUAGGGAAUAAAUCUGUACAGCAGAAAGAAUUCAGUCUUUCAGUUCAGCUGCUGACUGCUGACUGAUAGCCAAGAGAAGAGCUGUCAUAGUUGCUAACUCACAGUGACCCUUGUCUCUUUCAGCACUAGGAAGAACUUGCUCAUAAUUUUUUUUUCAGGAGAAGCCUGGGGCUAGAUUUGGCUUAAAUGCUCUGUAUAUUCUGCCUUAGGAAAUGAAUGAAAAAGAGUAUCUGAAACAACAGUUUCCUACUACUAGACAUUUGAUCUGCCCUCCCAAAAUAAGUGAUGGUACACACCUGCAAGCAGCAGGAAAAUGGGUAGCAUUUCCAUGUGUUACACAAAAUAUAAAACCCUCUGCCUUGUCUUACUCUGGAUUGAAUAGCACCUAACUUCUUCAGUUACAUGGCUACCAAAUAAUGUGUAGUGUAACCAAAGGCUAACGAGUAGUGUAAAUUGCAGUUCACUUCUCAUAAAGCAUUGGUGAAAACUACAAGAAAUUUUAAAGCAUGA